UCUUCGGUGCAUCGGACCAGCUCGCUACAUUUCAGUAAUUUGACGAAUCACUUGUCGCCACUGACAACACUGCAUAAAUCGUUCGCGUAUUACCACAUCUCUCACAGACAUUCGUCCGUUUGUGGUUUGGCAUUUACUCUUCGAGAAGGAAGACUGAUUAGUUCGAACUCGUAUGACAGUUCGUUUCUUUCGCAACCGACAGCCUCGAAAACUUUUUUUGUAAUUUCUAAACCGUGAGCCAUGCCGCAGUAAGUCGUAAAAUACGCAGAGGCAAGAUGAUGAGCUACAGUGGAAUGUUGUUGCAAGAUGCGGCAUCAUCAGCGACCGACAACGCGAGACGAUUUUCCGUGAGCAAUUUGCUAGCGCUGGAGUGCGACAAACGAAGAAACGAACCCACCAAUACAGUUUCAGAGGACGAGGGGGCGUCUCGACGCAAGCGGCCGCGACGCAACCGUACCAUGUUCACUGCGGCGCAGUUGGCAGCCCUGGAGCGAGUGUUCGAGCGCACGCACUACCCGGACUCGUUCGCCCGGGAGCAGCUGGCGCGUCGCGUCAACCUCACCGAGGCGCGCGUGCAGGUGUGGUUCCAGAACAGGCGCGCCAAGUUUCGCCGCAACGAGCGCAGCCUGCUGCUACAGAGGGGCUCACCGGCGCUGCCCCUCACACCGCCGCAUCCUGCCGAACACUCCAGCACAGGUGCUGAGUAUUACAGCUACGAGUGCCCUUGGAGAUCCAGUACACCUAGCGGCGCGCAGUAUCCAGUCAUCGCCGAAGCUUCUCCUUCCUGUGUCUUCGUAACUCCAGUAGGCGCAGCAUCGGCGCAUUACGCGUCAGCACAACCUGCCCAGCCGCUACCCAGCUACAGCUGCGUCAGCAACAGCUUCGCCAACCUACGGCUGCGAGGGGACCAGUACGCUAUCCAUCCUGGAAAGCUGUAGUAUCUCACACACCCAGCUCUCCGGCUGCUCAGCAUCGACGCCGUCAACGCACCCGGCCCUUUGUCAAAGAAGGCCCGCAUGUGUAUCGGGUGCUACCUGCACUUCAGUGCAAUAGACCAACACGAUCAGUUAUAUACCUUAUAUAUCUUAACAUCGACGCUGUUGCUAAUGUCAUAAUGCCUUCAGUCCAUACAUCCACGAAUAUUGUGCGCUGACAACCUUUGUCGUAAUCAAUUUAAAUCAUGCCAAAUCACUGCAGCUUUGGUGGGCUCGUGUCAGAACAAAUAAGCAAACGGGACGGUACAGACGUUAAACCUUAAUGUUGUAACGAAACAGACUUUUGAGCACCUAAUUUUGUCGUGCUUAAAAAGUGCUGCUAGUUUUUUAUAUACCAAGACUAGAUUAAAUAUACAGACGUAACCAAGCCUGUGUAUGUGCAGCUAGAGAAGAAGUUAUUCUACAUCUUACUAAGGAGAACUUUAUACUGGAAAUUUUCUUUCACCACCCAACUACUUUUAAAGCCUGUAAUAAUUUUGUUGUUGUUGUAACAUGCCAUACUGAAGAAUUUG